AUGCAAAUUGAACUUAACAUAUUUUGUGCUAAAAAUGUCGAAAUUGGAGAUAUUUAUACGUCAGACCCAUAUGUAGUAUUUACCUCUGAAGGUAAAAAGUUAAAAACACAAAUUAUUGAUUGUACACUUGACCCAAUUUGGAAUGAGAAAUUUGAUGUUAAAUAUAAUAUUGGAGAGACUGUAGUAUUUGAGUUAUUUGAUCAUGACACAGUUGGGAGUGAUGACCCACUUGGAAAAGCAGAAUGGAAGGUACCAGCAAUGAAUAAUGGAGAAACUACUUAUCAUAUUCUAAAAAUAGAUGUAAAAGGAUAUUUAUAUAUCAUUGCAAAAUGUAUUUCUGGAGGUUGUCAAAUUAUUAGACAAAUGAUAAGUCCAAAUGCUAAAAUGUUAUUAGAAUUAAAGUUUAAUAAACUCUAUGGAUUACUUGAUAGUUUUUAUAAAAUAUCAAAGAAAAUUUCUACUAAAGGAUAUCAGUUUACUGUUAGUGUUAAGAGUAAUUCUACUGACACUCAAACAUUAGUCCCAAUAACUCCCAACGGUAAAACUGAUUGUACAAAUACAUUACUUAAUCAAAUUCUUUAUGUUGAAACUACUGUUGGUGAUCAAAUUCAAUUUGAAGUAUUUGCUAAACCAAGUAGGGAUAAGUCAUAUUCAUUAGGAACAACUACAUUUGAAGUUCCUGAUUUAUUUGAGACUGAAUCAAUUGAAUACCUUGCUCCAAUACUGCCGUCAGGAGUAAUUGAUGUAAAUGUUACUUGUUUAAGAAGUAUUUAUUGGAAUUUAAAUACCAGUUUAAUUCCUAAGAAUGUUAGUUAUCAAGGAAAAUAUAUGAUAACUAUCCUUUCUGCUUCUGAUUUAUCAUUGAUGAGUCAAAAAAAAUUUUAUCCGUAUUGUAGUUUUACUCUUAAUGGUUCUGUUUAUUCUACUUAUUAUGUUGACUGUCCAAAAGGAAUUGUCAUUUUUAAUCAGUCUUAUCUUAUCACUUAUCAAGAAGGUGCUUUUUGUGAUCUUGAAAUUUUAAAUAAAAACCCAGCAUUAUUCUCUCGUGAAGGGUCAAGUGUUGGAAAAGGAAAAUUUAAAUUACCAAAUAUUGAAAUAAAAUCAACUCUAAAUAUUGGUUUAGAUGAUGGAGGAAGAGUUAGUAUCCUUCUCCAACGCUUGAGAAGUAUAAAUCCAGAUUUUUAUAAUAUCCCUGUUGGUAUAGAACAAAUUCCUUUACAACCUUCUAUAAAUAAUCCUCCACCUCAAUAUACCGACACAAUCAAUCAAGUCCCACCUCAAUAUACUGAACAAGCUCUUGGUAAUGUUCCAGCUCAACCUGAAAGUGAUGGGUUUGAUAUUCCAUCAAUUGAAGGAAUUUCUCUUGAAGUAGAAGAUCCUUCUAAUCCUUCAAAACCUAAAAAGAACUUUAGUUUAGAAACACCAAAGUCAAAAUAUCAACUAAAUUAUAAAUGUGGUUACAUCCCACUUACCCAUCAACAAGGUUAUGUUGUGGGUAUGGAACCAAUGAAAUAUAAUGACUUUGCUGCUUUACAACCAAGCCCUCAACAAUUGGCUCAAUUAAAAUCUCAACAAGAAAGUAAUAACCAAAACAUAUCAAACCUUCCUAGUCAAAUACCCCCUUCAAUAGGACAACAAUUCACACCUCAAAUACCUUCUCAACCAAUGCCUCAAGAAAUUGGUUAUAAUCCAUUACCACCUACUGUACCAUCACGUACAUACCAAAAUAGAAACAAUCAACAACCUCCAUCCUCAGGUAUUGAUCAAACAUUUCCACCUGUACCUCAAAGAAGUUAUCAACAACAGCCAAUCCCACAAUAUCUUGAAUCUACACAACCUCCAUUUUCUUCUCAAGUAGCUUACCAACCAUCUCAACAACCAAACGAAACAUAUAACCUACCACCUCAACUUCCUGUAAGAAAUCAACCACCUCAACUACCACCAAGAAGCCAACAAAAUACUCAAGUACCACCUCAAUUACCACCAAGAAAUCAACCACCUCAAUUACCACCAAGAAAUCAACCACCUCAACUACCACCAAGAAGUCAGCAACAACCAAAUUAUGGAGUUGGUCCUCAGAUGCAACAACCUCAAUACAUCCCACCAAAUGGAUAUCCACCAAAUCAACUAGGAUAUAAUCCUUAUCAACAAGUGCCAAGAGGUCAAUACAAUAACCCAAUAAACCAGCCUCCACAACAAUAUGGAUAUACACCACAAUAA